AUGGACGCCGAGAUCCCGAGAGUGUCGGACACGCAGUGUUCAUACUCUAUGCUUACGGUAGAACUUGUCCAGAAGUUGAAAAAUGCUCGAAUUACCUUUGCCUCUUCCAUUGACUCUUCGGAAGGCCUACGUCUGGACGUUUGCAACUCCCUGCCUACCCCCUUUCCUCGCCGUUACAUGCAGUCUUCUUGCUGGCUAUUUCUAGCCUCGACGUCGGAACUUUCCGUUAAGCACAACACCCAGAUUCGUCACCCGACAACCACAAUUGCACCGCCCCUCCGAUGCGGUUAG